AACGAGUCGACAGGUUUAUUCAUGGUCCAACCAAAAAGUUCAGUUAUAGUUAGCACAGUAGCUGGACAGGUGAUGUCAAGCUUUGUGCUUCUCACUUUUCAUAUUUUGUAAAAUUUAAGGUCAAGUCGUCGUGCAUACUAAAAUUCAAAAUCAAUCUAUUAUUAAUAAUGGCCCAAAUUAUGGCUUCAUUAUUGGUAGGAAUUUUCUUAAUCUUCGCUGAAAUUGAAAUUUCAACCCAAUCUCCACGAUACGAAAGAGGAAGUAGCUUUUCAAAAGCGUACAGGAUUGCUCUAGGUCCGGACGAUACUUUCGUUUGUCCUCGAGACGGAAUAUUUCCUCAUGAAACAUUUUGUGAAAAGUACUACAACUGUUCCAUAGGAAGCUCACCUCCACAGAUUUGGGCGUGCAGGUUGACCGCAGACCUCUUGUUCAGUGACCAGUACGGGGAAUGCAACAAUGCCGAAUUAGUGCAUUGCGGAGAACGAAUCCGACCAGACGGUGUUUCCAACACUAUGAGACCUCCAGUGACAACAACAACUACGACGACAACUACGACCCCCAGGUCCAUCUACAACUGCUCAACAAAUGGAGCUUAUGCUCACCCAUUAUUCUGUGAGAUGUACUUUGAUUGCUGGGAAGGAAUUUCAACCCUUCUCAGGUGCCCAAAUGAAACGCUAUUCGAUGAUUCGCAAGUGGAAUGGACUGGCUGUGCUCUUGCACAAGAUGUCAAUUGUGGAAACAGAAUUCGCCCCACACCAGGCCCAGAAUUUCAAUGUCCCGAAAAUGGUGAGGACGGCGCAAAAUAUCCGGAUCGAAACAAUUGUGCAGCAUUUUACACUUGUACCAAUGGACUACCCAUUCAUCAGUUAUGUCCAACCGGACUCUACUUUAACAAAUUCCUGUCAGUUUGUGACUUUCCUGUAAACGUGGAUUGUUCAGACAGACAAAAAUAAUUCUUCCACUCCAAUGCAUAUUUAAUAACUACGUCUCUUGAAAUAAAAUUUUUGCAUCUUCAUA